AUGAGUGUAGCACCUACCAAUGAGGCUGUCGUUGAGAAGCCAGGCAAGAUGGGCGUCACAUCGCCCACCGUUGGCAAAGAGAUGGAGGCCGACGUUCAACGAAAGAUGAAAUUAUGGGGUAUAAUCAACGGUUUCCGUGAUGGACGCAUGCCUGAUAACCGUCAAAUCGAUUCCGCCCUGGAAUAUGCCAUCGGACACUCCCCUGUUGAUCUGGACAAAUUGUCACCUGAAGGUCGAACACUCAUCGCAGACACCAGGGACAUCCUCGAAACCAUGCGCAUGAUCGUUCAGGAAAAGAACGCCGAUGAGUUAUUCCAAAACGCCGUUUGGACAAGUUACUCUGCCGACCCUUCUCGGGCCAAGCAGGAGGGUGUGGUGUCUGUCUCAAAAGAAGACGCUAAAAAAGAUGCCAACACUGGUGAGUCAAUGUCGUUUCCCUUAAAACAUCUUGCUAAUUCCCCAGCUGCUCAGCACUUACGUGUCCUCAUCACUCUCUUCCUCACCAACUCUGAAGCUCGCAAAAUCAUCAGCGACUUCGGCAUCAUUGCUCGUGACUUAUUCGCCACUGGGGCCGCCAAUGUCGCCCAACAAGUGCGUCCUACCGACGAGCAAAAGGAGAAGCUUGAUCAUGAAGCUCCCUCAAAGCAAUGGAUCGGCCCAGAUGGUAAACCCGUCGGUGCCAACACCACUCCUGAGCUUCAACUCAAGGGCCCCAACGGCGCUGAAAUUCGAUACCACCCCAAGGAUUCCCCUUCCGAUGCCAACGGUCAAACUAGGUCUGCCGGUCAGGCUUACGACCAAGCCCAACAGGCCAAAUCCGAUCUGCAGAACAAAGCCGCGGACGUCAAGGAAAGUGCCAAACAACAAGCUUCCUCUCAUGCCGACGACCUCGCCUCCUCUCGAGACCCCAACGCACCUCUCACCGAACAGCGUGACCAGAUCAAGGGUCGUGCCAACGAGAAGGCCGAUGGCACCGACAUCAACCAGGAUCAAGCAAAGGACAAGGCCAAAGCAAAGGUCAACGAGCUAAAGAACAAAAUCCCCGAGGAACACCGCGAAAAAGUCCGCAAUGUCGUCAACGAUUCCAAGCAAUACUUCAAGGACGAAUUUCCCGAAGAGCGUCGAGAUCAGUACAUCUACCGUCUGAAAAAGGUUGUGGUCGAGUGUCAGGAGCACAAGGAUUACCAAGAAGCCAUGGAAUGGCUCUUGGACGCCCUCGAAAAUUACAAGGGUCACGCCAAACACACGAUCAGCAAAGGUACCGAUGCUGCUGGAGCCGUAACGGAAGACCCCUCCCUUACUGACUCCACCUACCAGUUCCGCACUUUGCUCGAACGCUUCGCCAACGGUCGAUCCAUGGACGGCAUCUUCAACGCUCUUGAUAACAUCUACACCGAUGCCAAAAACGAUGACCAGCUUCGCGGCUGGUUUUCUCAGCUCGACGACUACGUCCGUCGUAUCCUGCUCGAACCUGGAUUUAUCCUCGAAGAAGAGAGCGACAGGGAAGGUCGCGAAUUGCGUGACAAGGGUAAAAGUUUCUUCACCGACAAGUACAGGGGUCAUUGGGACACUCUUGCCGAUGAGAUAAAGGCAUGGUUCCAGGCCAUGGGCGAAGAUCCAUUGAACGUCAGGUUCGGUGAUGAUUGGAAACGAUUGACCAAGGACUUGCUCUUCAAUGAAGAAGGCAACCUCGAAUUCAAACCCCAUCUCUGGAGCGAUAUCCGCACCGUCAUUCUCCCCACCGUCAUUCGCCAAAUAGGUUACGUACCCAUCCCUCGUGCCGAAUACUCGGAUGACAAGAUUGAUCUGGUCAUUGAGAACCUCGUUCUCUCCGGACCCAACCUUUUCCCUAACAUUGUUUCCAUCGAAGCACACAACUCUUUCAAAUUCUCCCCUUGCAGCGAGAUCAACAAGACGCUCGAUGUCCACCAUCACCGAUUCCGUCUUGGUCUAUCCCAAAUCCAGGCUGACAUCCGUGAUGUUGCCUUUGCCUUCAGACGUAAGUCUGGUUGGCCACGUAUUUCCGACCAUGGCCUCGCCGACGUCGUCCUCGCUGGUCAAGGUAUCUCUAUCGACGUCGAAUUGGAGUCUGUCGAGAACCGUCGCGACACGGUCUUCAAGACCAACCACGUCAAUGUUAAGAUUGACACGCUCAAAUUCUCCAUUCGGGACAGCAAGCACGACUUGUUGUACAAGUUCAUCAAGGGUGUUGCCACCGGGGUGAUCAAGAAAGCCAUCACCGCCGCCAUCCAAAACGCCGUUCACACCGCUAUGGGACAUCUUGACGAUCAGCUUGUCCAAGUACGUGACGCCAUGGACGAAGCGAAGCAAAGUGACGAGACGAACCGACGACAGGCUCUCAAAGACCUGUACGCUAGGAAGAAGGAUGAAGCGGCGAGCAAGAAGGAAGCUGCCGUGCAGAAGACUGGGACCUUUAGAGUUGUUGGAAAUCGAGACUCUCAACUCAACCCGGACCUCGGACAUGACUCUAAACAAUCUAUCGCCAAACGAAUGUUCAAAGUUGAGGACGCCGCUCAUUCUGGUCAAGAGUGGCGGUCACCCGUAUUCGACUUGUUCGACGCUCGACACCCCGCCGUCACCGGUCAACACCACCCUGAGGCUACCCAGGGCGCUGGAGCGGGAAAGAGUCUGUCAUCAAAGAUCCAAACCGAUACUGCCCCUAACGGUACACCCGUCAAAGCUUGA